AUGCUGAGCUCCUCUGCAGCAGCUCAGAAGGGCAUGACCCCUCCGAGCCAACCUUCACAACACAACCUUCCUCAACAGUUAUCCGGUCGCACGAGCUUCGACCGAGGGGAUUCGGGUCUACAACCCCCCAAUGGCGCCAACGCCCGAAAUCUCUCGGCUUCGGCCGUAUCUUUUGCGCCAAGGGGAAGCAGUCUUAAUGUUGCUCCCGGCAGCUUCAGUUCAGAGUUGCGUAGUCGGGCUGGAAGUAAGACUGAAGCGGGGUCAAUAUACCCAAGCAGCUUCAUGGACAAGGUGGAAGAGGACGACGCAGACACGCUAGCUGAGCAAGCUCUGGCACAUCUGAAAGAAAGACUCAACCGUGAGAUGAAGAUCAAGGAGGGGAGUGAAAACAUGCUCGAGGCGCUGAACUCUAAGAAAGCGAAGCAGACCAAAGAGCAACGACAAAAGGUUGAGGCGGAGCUUAACGCCAGCAAUUCGCGUAUCAAGGAUUUGCGCCAAAAGAUUUCAGAUGCUCAGCAUACACGACAGAUUCCACCUGCGACGCCAAAACGAAACCGUACCCAGAGCAACGUUAUCGAAUCCGGGAGACCAAUUGGAUUGCGUUCGCCACAGAGCGUGUCACGAUCUGUCGUAGAAUCUGACAACGAGGAACCAACAGAAAGCCCAACGUUUGCGCUUGCGGAACUGCUCCAGGCCUUAGAGGUUGAGGGCAUGAUGCCGGAGUACUACGUCUCACGGGGGAACCAGCUUGUCGAUCUCUUCAAACGUUACCCGACUCUUAAGUACGACUUGGUCUGGUCAAUCUUUGGGCUCCGUAUGCAGGUAAUGCUCCUAAGCGAGAGUCGCGAAGUCGUGGCUGCUGGCUAUCGAAUGACCAGAUAUGCUAUUUCAGAUGUGGCAUCACUUAAGAAGAUCCGAAGUCUGAACACGGAUUAUCUGGUGAUACGAUCACUCAACAACUACCGCAAAGCGGAUGUUGAACGCGAGCAGGCCCUCAAGUUCGUCCGUGCAUUUCUUGAUGUCAAAGGCGGAGUGAAAGAGAUUUCUCGAGCAGUGGUGCGCACGAUAGUUGCAGUUGCAGAGCAUGGAGAAGACCGACGAGCAAAUGCUCAGCCGGCCGAGGGAGACCUGGACCGUUUAAGACCUAUCUGCAUCGAGACAUUAGCAGAAAUCAUAGUGCAAGAUCCAGCACUUUUGGUGGCAUCUGGUGGCUUGGGACCAUUGACCGAGGCCCUUUCAGAAGGCGUCUACAAAUCCCCCGAGAGUUUGACCUCUGCAUUUUUAUAUCUGCUCGACUCGCCUCGAAAACGGAAAUACAUACAGCCAGGAUAUGGCCUGGAGGUGCUAUUUACUGUCUUUACCGACCACCUCCUGACAAACGAAAGUAUCAUGAAACAGAACUCCAAAGCCAUUGCGACAGCUUUGAAGUCAUGGCCAGGGCUCAUGACUCUCUGCAUGUAUGAUCUUCGAACAAUUCGAUCCUUGAUCACGAGCAUGCUAUUGCCGAGUGAUGUGGUUCGGGAGACUAUUCUUGAUCUUAUAUUCUCACUUCUACGGAUCAAACCACCAGCGUGGGCAACCUCUUUUCUUGCUGGAAGGAGAUUGACAACGUACGGCCGAGUUGCGAAUCUGAAGUCAAACCAAAAGGACAAGAGCCACUUACAAUUCACAGAAGAAGACAGCGGUGAGCAAAAUUUCGUCGAGCACUAUACAGCUCUGUUGCUGGCAGUGCUCAUUCGAGCAGGCCUCCUACCAGUGCUACUGAAGAUUGCUCAAGGGGACGAGAAUCCAACUCUCCAACGAAAGACGACCCUUCUGAUAAGCGAGGUGCUGAAACUUGCCAGUCGCCUCCUACCCCCAUCCUGGAGCGCCGAGCUUCACCUCCUGCCGGAACUCUUCUCAUCGGCUGCCAACAUUGGCAACAAUGAUCACUGGGUCGCAUCGGGCAUCGUUUACCAGAUCAGCAGUGUCAGUCGUACUUUAUACAGAAGUGCGCCUACGGGUGCCUUGUCCGGGGCGUUGUCGUCAGGCCACAACUCGAAUGACAUAUCCGCGAUUGACGAGGCCCCCAAAUCCCACCAAUCUCUGGUUUUUGACGAUGCUACUUUCCGGCAAUUGUUGAUUGAUAGUAAUGUCCUCAACAGCUCGAACUAUGCUAAGUGGAACUGGGAGACUAUUCUCAAGAUCAUUGACGGUCCUCUACAAAGCGGCAAGAGACUUGAAGAGGCCAUCAAAGCCUCCAAGUUCAUGAAGAGAAUCAUCAGCUUCUAUCGCCCUUUCAAAUACAGGUUUGCCAAUGUCAAAAACACUCGUGCCACGCAGAAGUAUGUCCGAGCUGGUUGUGCCCUGAUGCACUCUCUACUUCAAUCACCCGAGGGAAUCAAAUUCUUGGCAGACAGCAAGUUGCUCAGACAGAUAGCUGAGUGUCUAGCACAAUGCGAUCCGACUAGCGGCCUCACAGCCCAGUAUCCAAUGUUCUCAAGAGAUCGAGUCACUGACACACUUUGCGCGGGCUACUUCUCAAUGCUUGGUGUUCUAAGUGGCGAUCCUAAAGGUCUUCAACUACUAGAACGUUGGAGGAUGUUCAAUAUGAUGUACCACAUCGUGGACUUGAAGCAGAGGCCCGACCUCAUCAAGUUACUUCUGUCUAGCUUCGAUUAUAGCGUCCAGGGCCAUCCUCGAGUCUUGCUGUCCAAAGCUUUGACCGCCGGUACGAAGGAAAUUCGAAUUCAUGCAACGAAUGCCCUUCGCAAAUACGCCAUUCGGCCGGUACCAUCAGCCAACGGACAGGGUGGCGUUAGUGACUCGAAAUGGGCCAUUCAGCUUCUGGUAACACAGCUUUACGAUCCCGAGAUUGAGGUUUGUGCUACAGCUGUGAAGAUCUUGGAGAAAGCCUGUAAUCGUAAGACCUACCUGGAGUAUAUUGUUGAAUGCCGGCCAGCUCUGGAUCAUCUGGGAGAAAUCGGAGCACCGCUGCUCUUACGGUUCUUAUCAACAUCCAUCGGAUACCAUUAUCUGGAUGGACUGGAUUACAUCAGCAACGAAAUGGACGACUGGUUCUUGGGACGGAACGAUACAUAUGUCAGGGUCAUAGAGGCAAGCUUGGCCAGAGCGUUCCUCGUUGAUCCCGACGAGCACAAUCCUCGCAUGAGUUUGUUUGAUGAAAGUGAGAUGGAUGGGGACUACCAUGAUAACCAUGUACCACCGCACUUUUAUCGGGAGUUGACCCGUACCCAGGAGGGAUGUAGGCUGCUAAGUGAUAAAGGUCACUUUGAGGAUUUUGCAGCUACGAUUCGUGAGCAUGGCAUGGAUAAGGGAGAUGCGGAAAUACUUACGAAGGUCAAGGGUUGCCUUUGGGCUGUUGGCAACGUUGGGUCCAUGGAACUCGGAGCACCAUUCUUGGAAUCUAACGACGUGGUAGAGCAUAUCAUUCGAAUUGCCGAGACGCAUGAGGUAAUGAGUCUAAGGGGCACUGCAUUCUUCGUUCUUGGUCUGAUUUCUCGCUCUACGCAUGGUCUGGAGAUCCUAUCUGAGCAUGGAUGGGAUGCCAACACAACACCAAUGGGUACCUCGCUUGGAUUCUGCAUUCCCAAUGACCUAUCAAGGUUGCUAUCACUGACAGCGUGGAAACAAAAGACGGUAACGUCGAUCACCCUGCCGUCAAGUCAACGGACAGCCCAGGAGGCACCGCCACCUCGCGCCGCUCGACCACCUCUUGAGCCAGCAGAAAUACCUGCUAUGUUGAGCGAGGCGGAUGUUAACAGAAGAGUCCUGGAGCUCAUCGUGGACCUAGGAAAUAUGGUCCUCUACAAGAAGGCGCUUACUGACCUCCAGAAGCUGCGGGCACACAAACCAAGCGCCUUCAAAAGUACACAGUUCUUCAAGGAAGUGAUGAGCGCAAUGGAAUGGAACCACUACCGGUUAGGGGUGAGAAGGAUGGUUAUAGAUUUGUUUGACAAGAACGUGAUGCGGCAAAUAGUGUUCGACGAGGAGGAGGAUGACGAAGAUGACGACAGUAGCGACGAUAACAGCCAAGAGGAAAGCGAAGAAGAAAGCGGCGAGGGCGAAAAUAGCUCCGGGGAUGACAGGACAGAGAGGCAACGGAGCAUCAGCGAGCCGCCGGCACCGCCACCAGAUCUUACGCCAGCUCCUCUCAGGUUGAGGAGGUGA